AUGAAGAUGAGGAUGUGUUUCCUGCUAUUGCUGCUGAUCUGCUCUCUGUCCACGGCACAGCUUCAAACGGACUCUGACAAUGAAGUUAUUCCUCUUGGAAAACAAGCUGAGCCCCAGAGAAGUGAACAACAAAAUGCUUUGGACCGCCAACAGACCUGUACCCAAGACCUCCAUGCUGUGCUGAGAGAGAUGAGCACAUCUCUGGCUGAACAGAGGGUGGAGACGAGGCACUUACAGAGAGAGAGUGAAGCACAGGCAGCUAAACUGAGGGAACUGGAGUUACUGAAGACUGAGCUGGACAAACAGAAGACUGAACUGGACAAACAGAAGACUGAACUGGAUAAGCAACAGCAACAACUUCAAGCACAAGCAGCAGAGCUGAUCACCAUGAAGGCCAGGUCAAAUGUCACAGAAAGCCAUGUGGAGGCUCUGAGGAGAGAUGAUGAAGUCAAACAGGUGGCUUUCUCAGCUUCUCUGUUGGCUUCAGGCUCAGGGUAUGUUGGACCAUUUAACACACACACUCCUUUGGUAUUCAGGCACGUGGUCACAAACAUUGGAAAUGCUUACAGCCCAAACACAGGUUUCUUCAUUGCACCAGUGAGAGGAGCAUACCACUUUGAGUUCUACAUAGGUGCAGGUGGACAUCCUUCACUUGCUUCAGGUGCUGUGUUGGUGAAGAAUGGAGGACACAUCUUUAUUGCAUGGGAGCAUCAGACUUCCCAUUAUGGGAGCUCUGCUAACGGUGCAACUCUGCUUCUAGAGGUUGGAGAUGUUGUGUUUCUGCGUCUUUGGCAAAAUACAAGGAUAUUUGACAAUGAAAAUCACCUUAGUACUUUCAGUGGUCAUCUGCUUUUCACCACGUGAGAUGGGAAUGUUCAUUCAUACUUUCUGUUGCUUUAUUCACAUGCACACACAGCAAUAGUGUGUCAGUACAUUUUUAUUAAAGUAUCAUUACAUUUUUCUUUACAUGAAGCUUUUUAACAGAGCAGCACACAAACAAAAUAAUGCACUUAUUAUGACUUAAUGAUUGCUUCAGGGAGAAAUGCAAUAAUAUCUUAAAGUUAUUGUCAUGAGUAAUAGUCAGAGUGCAUAUUAUAUACCUUCAAAGUAAAGUCUUGUAUGCAGUAUUUAUCUAGUAUGUAUAGGUGGAUAAUGAAGCUUUA